AUGACCCCUAACGCGGCCUUCGCGCUGGAGAUCGCGGUGGUGGCCGGCCUGGUGGUGCUCAUCGUCGUCAUCGUCGUGGCCUCCUCCGGCGCCUGCCGCGACCCGGCGGCCGGCGCGGGGCGCGCCCCCGCGGUGCACGACGUCGAGAGCGCGCUCGGGGCCGACACGCUCGUGACGUACGACCAGGCGAGGGCGGCCAUGAAGGGCAGGAGAGCGUCGUCUUCGCCGUCGGCGGAGGGGAAGGACGAGGCGCCGCCGUCCUGCGCCCUCUGCCUGUCGGAGUACGCCGGGGGCGACGAGCUGGUGCGGGUGGUGCCGGCGUGCGGGCACUUCUUCCACGCGGAGUGCGGCGUCGACGGGUGGCUCCGGACGCGCGGGACGUGCCCGUACUGCCGCGCCGUGCUGCGGCCGCUGCCGUGGCCGGAGUGCCCGCCGAUGGCGGCGCCACGGUGGGCUGGCAGUAAUGGGUGA